AUGUCAUAUCCUUGGUGUGUGAUCGUUCAUAAAUCAGACACACUGACUAUCUCUGUAUCAGUGAUGACACUGUGUGCUAUAUCUGUCGAGAGAUGGUACGCCAUAUGUCACCCUCUGCGAUUCCAUAGUACCGUGAGACGCGCCAGAUAUAUCAUUGCAAUCAUUUGGGUGGCUUCAGCAUGUAUCGCCAUUCCCGAACUUAUCACUUCCACAGUUAUACCUUUACGACCAGACACUGUGUUGUUGUCAGCAUGUUAUCCAGCUUUAUGGGGCGACGAGAUCAUUGUUAUCUUCCAAAUCUGUUUGAUGCCUUAUAGAACAGGGCUGGGGGAGUGUAGUGAGAAUGCUGUUAAUGGUAACCAAGGUCACUGUCAGAGGUCACAGGAGAAACAGCAAAUCAGCGAGGAGGAUCGACAUCACAUGGUUAGGAGUAUCAUUCGUUUACGAGGAGUAUCUCCUCUCGACCAGACUCUAUUGAAUGCAGUUGUAUUUAUCAUCAACAUGAUCAACAACCGAAAUCUAAGGCCAUCUGCCUUUUAG